AUGGCCGUCGAUAUCGAUCAAGCGCGACGCAUUCAGCGAUACUAUGAGAAGAAGCUCUACGACGCUACUGCCCAGCUGGUUGAGAACCCGGACUUUGAAGGAAUGUUUCACGAGGACAAGAAGAAGGCUAAGUUCCGGGAGGGCCAAGGCGAACCGGGCGCUCCCCCCAGCGGAGAACACCAGACGGAGAAUGGCGGUGAAGACGAUGGCGAUGGCGACGAAGCACCAGCGAAGCUGCUUGAGAACUCGGAGAGGCCCAUGCCUAAGACGGCGAUCCGAAACACCUUUUCCACCGCCACCAAGACCUGGCUGCAAUAUGCCGAGUAUCAUCCCUUCAUCCGUAGCUGGGUCGAGAUGGACCGGGCGUCGCGUCACCUGGCGUUCCUCGACCAUCUACGGACGCCGCGCAAGGGCGGGUUCCGCGAGAUGUUUCGAGCGUCGGAGGGGCGCCUCAUCCUCUCCGUCGACUACGACUUCAUCGAGCUGUGCACGCUCGCUUCCGUGUGCGAAGCGCGCUACGGCUAUUCCAACCUAGCCGAGGUCAUUCGCAAGGGCGUGGACCCGCAUUCCUUCACGGCGUCCAUGUUCGAGGGCGUGGAACUGGCCCAGUUCAUGUCGUGGAAGGACAGCGCUGACGGCGAGCUGCGCACCAAGUUCACGACCCUCCGACAGAGAGCCAAGGAGUAUGCCAAAACGGCCUACAACGUGGAGCUCAGCUACCCAGAGGCGGUGUUUUUCAAGAAGCGGCUGACCAAGGAGGUCUACCCCGAGCUGCACAAGUAUCUGCGGGAGCGCGAGUUCGCUGUGGUGGCGCAUAACCUGCAGUGCACGUGGGAAGAGUGCAUUCCGGCGCUGGCUCUCAAGGCUCCUCGAGUCAUGAGCAAUGCGGUGAAAAACUUGAUCCGCGGCCGCACGCUCAAGCUGACGGAGAGGCACAAAAGCGACGUCGAGUGGCAGAACAAGAUCAGCAAGAUGAUCGAGGCCAGCAACAACGUCGGCAGCGACAAACUCUUCAGCCGGAUCUUCGGUAGCAGCGUCACGACGCUCACGGGCCGGGUGCGCGGCUUCGUGACCUUCACCCAAGCCUGCAACACUCCGUUUUCUGGCCUGGCUGCGGAUGGCGCCAAGCUCGCCAUGUGGAAUCUGUACAUGGUCGGCUAUCGCAUUAUCGGUUUCAUUCAUGACGAGUCGCAUGCGCACCAGAUUCUGGUGGAGAUCGACGAGGACAGUGACUGGACGGCCGAGGCGCAGAUGGUGGAGCGCAUUGUGUGCGAGGCCAUGCAGGAGCUCAACGGCACCAUCCCCAUCUCGUGCUCCUUCGCCCUCUCGCGCUUCUGGUCCAAGAGCGCCGAGGCUGUCUACGACGACAAGGGCCGACUCACCGUGUGGAAGGCCUAA